CAUAUGCGCCCUCUCUGAGCUUGUGGGCCAUCAUGGCGGUCCUGUGCGGGACAGAACUAACCAGAGGAGGGACCGGAGGGAGGAGCAGCACGGUGCGAUGACGCAGGCUUGGAAUGAGGGAGUGAAUGUUCCGGGUCAGAAACUGAACGGGAGAGGAAAUUAACUCCGGGAAAAAAACACAACAUACCUACAGAAUGCCGCCGUCUGCAACUCGGAGAUGUAACCCGUUGUUUUUACACCGAAAGUAGUUUUUUUUUUUUUUUUUUAAGCGGCAGAGGUCGAGGGGUAGAAAACACAGGUGCCAAACUACGAACUACAAAGUGAGCCAACGACGGAGAGUUGAUUUUCCUGAACGCCAGCUCGGUAACGACUCGUUCACAGCCGGAGUUUCGGUGUUUACUUCACGGCGAGUUUCGCCUUCCGCUUCUGCUGCGGCGGUCAAUCGAGCUUCAGGACUGUCCCGCCGUAGCAAACUGUUGCAUCCCCCCUCCUUUUUCUUUCCUACCAGCAGUUUGUUUAUCGCACGGAUACGGGAUUUAUCCCCCUCUCUUUCCCCCCUACGUGAUGUUUAACUGCAUCCCCCUGUGGCGGUGCAACCGUCACGUCGAGACGGUCGAUAAACGCCACUGCUCUCUGACUUAUGUUCCCGACGAGAUUUACCGCUACGCUCGGAGUUUAGAGGAGCUGUUGCUGGAUGCCAACCAACUCCGGGAUUUGCCCAAGCCAUUUUUCCAGCUGCUGAAACUUCGGAAACUAACCCUGAGUGACAAUGAGAUCCAAAGACUUCCGACAGAAAUCGGCAACUUUAUAGAGCUGGUUGAACUGGAUCUUUCUCGAAACGAUAUUCAAGAAAUUCCAGAGAGCAUUUCCAACUGCAAAUCCCUCCAAGUGGCAGAUUUCAGUGGAAAUCCACUAAUGAGGUUACCUGAUCGCUUUGCGCAGCUCCAAAAUCUAACAUGCCUGUCCAUCAAUGAUAUUUCACUGCAGGAUCUUCCAGAAAACAUCGGAAGCCUCUCUCAUUUGGUAUCGCUAGAGCUCAGAGAAAAUUCCCUGACAUUUCUGCCAGAGUCCUUUUCACAGCUUCACAAACUUGAAGAACUUGACCUCGGUAAUAAUGGACUCCAUAGUUUGCCUGAGUCAAUUGGCUGCCUUAUCAGCCUGAAGAACCUGUGGCUGGAUGGAAACCUCUUGACCGCCAUACCUGCUGAGCUGUGCAAUAUUAAAAGCCUGUGGUGUCUGGAUUUAUCUGAAAACAAGAUGGAGUUUCUUCCAGAAGAGCUGGGAGGACUGGUUUCACUUACUGAUUUGCUGGUGUCGCAGAACUCCAUUGAGUAUAUUCCAGAAAGCAUUGGAAAACUAAAGAAACUUUCUAUCCUGAAAGCUGACCUAAACAGGAUAUCACUUCUUCCAGAAACCAUUGGCAACUGUGAAAGUCUUACAGAGCUUGUGCUCACAGAGAACCGGCUACAGAGUUUGCCUGCGAGUAUUGGGAAGUUAAAGCAACUGUCCAACCUAAACUGUGACAGAAACCAGCUAACACUAUUACCUAAGCAGAUCGGAGGCUGCAGCAGUCUUAACGUCUUCUGUGUGCGAGACAACUACCUGAAGAAGAUCCCGCCAGAGCUGUCGCAAGCCAUCGAGCUGCAUGUGCUAGAUGUUUCUGGAAACCGCCUCUCAUACUUGCCGAUGUCACUCACCACACUACAUCUGAAGGCCCUUUGGUUGUCAGAAAACCAGUCGAAGCCGCUCCUCACCUUUCAGCCGGAUGAGGAUCCUGAAUCGGGAGAGAAGGUGCUCACCUGCGUUUUGCUGCCUCAGCAGCCAAGUGAAUCAGGUUUUGAUAAUCUGGCUCGCUUCGGAGGUCUGGAGAGCCUUGUGAAUGGGAUGGCUGAUGAGGCCUGGGACGACAAAGCCAUGAACAGGAUCAGUUCCAUUCACUUCAUGGAUGAGGGUGAGGAGGACGAUGAUGAUGAGAAGGGAACACUACUACGAAGGGCCACGCCUCACCCGGGCGAGCUAAAAUCCCUGAAGAAAACCGCAGAGAACAUCCGCAACGACCUGAACGCUGCCAAAGGCCUAGACUCCAACAAGAACGAGGUCAAUAACGCUGCAGACGGAGUGACUACGUCUGUCUGACCUUUACCUCAGAAGUGUUUUUCUUUUUUUUUAAUCCUUCUGUUUCUCGCCACAUCGUCCUGCACCACCCUGCAGCCCUGUGUUGUUGCUUUUUUAGUAGUUUUUCUUUUACCUGCAAAUCCCAGUUUGUCCUUCCCUUCGUCCGGUCAUACCAUGCAGGAGCCUGAACCCUCGCUCCAUCUCCAGUCCUGUGGAAAAAUAAAACUGUGCACCAAGGCCGCCGUGCCUUCCUCUUUUUAACAAAUAUCCGCAGCAAUGACCUGCACAGAGAUGAUCCUAUUUCGAUAGUAUAUUUUUAAGAUGAAUUAUUUUUUAAAAGUGAUCCUUAGAAAUUCAUUAGGUUGUUGCACUAUAAACCUCUUAAAUGUAUUAUGUAUUUGUUUUAUUUUAUUUUUAUUUUUAAACACUGGGUCUUUCUAGGUUUUGGGGCAAACAAAAGCAGGAGUGUUUUUGGACCUACUGAUCUAAAGAUUAUUGUAAAUCUAUUGUGAAUAUUGAUACUUUUAUACUUUUUGGCAGCUCAGAUGUAAAUAAAAAUGUAUAGCAAGUAUCUUCUUAAUCGGUUUAAGCUUCUCCCCUUCACUUCAUACUGGUACAUCUAUUUUUUGUUUUUGUUUAAAUCAAAGUAAUGAACAAAACGGCCACUAAUGUCUUAUUAUUUAAUCCACUGCCUGGGUGAGCUUAUCUCUGGAUGUUUAUUAGAUGAUUUAAAUUUAAAUACUGCACAUCAAGUUUAAAUUGCCAUCUGCAGUGUGAUUACGCUGCAAGUAAGGAUCCUGUUUUAUUUAAAUGUGCCGUACUUUACUGCUUUGCAUUGUUUUCUUAAACAGAUGCCAGAACAGCUGUAUGUGUACUUUUAAAGGUGUCUUCCUUUUAAGGAGUACUGUGUCGAUGAACUAUCAGAGCUUUGGGGAGAUUGAGGGUUGUUUUUUAUUAUUAUAAUGAUCACUCUAAAAUUGUCAUUGUUCUUCUCGGAUGCACUUCUCGUUGCUUUCCUUCUGUUUUUUAAUGGUACUUGAUAAACUGUGUUAUAUGGACAAGAGAAAAUGGUUCAAGUGUUCUUUUUUUUGUUUCUAAUUAGUCUCCGAUAAAGCUGCACAAAACAGAUCUCAGACUGGCUCUAAACCUUGAGAUUUGCUGACUUUUUUUUAACCACUGAUCAAUAAAAAUGAGUGCAACACUAAAUCCA